AUGCCUGCUAAAGAUACUAAAAUACACAAACCUACAGGCAAUGGUACAACCCAUAAAAUUAGAGAAUUAUUGAAUUUUACUGAUAGUAAAAAAUGGAAGAAAUUCAGUUCAAGAAGAUUAGAAUUAAUCGAUAAGUUUAAGUUGAGUGAGAAAAAGGCUAGUGAACAAGAUCAAAAUAUUAAAAGGAUAGCCAGUAUAUUACGAACUGAGUUCAAUUACCCUGUCAAUUCUCAAGUAGAAUUUGAAAAAUUAGUUACUGCCGCUGUUCAAAGUGUUAGAAGAAAUAGAAAAAGAUCAGUUAAGACAAAAAAGAGUAAGGGUAAGAUAACUGACAACAUAACUACUGGCACUAAUAAUAAUAAUUCCUCAUUCGGAUCCUCUGGGGAAGAUGAUUUGGAUAGUCAUACUAAUACCAGUAAUGUGGACAGUAGAGUUACUUCACCAAUUUUAUCCACCGUUAGUUGUAGUGUGAAUACCAGCAAGAACAAUGAUAGCAAGAACAAUGCAAAUACCAUUGAAACUACCAAAAUCAAUACCAUUUCACCUAUUCCAAAUAAUUCAGAGGUUUAUCAUCCCAAGCCAUUAAGGUUUGCAAUAACUGGAACUAAUAGCAACGAUGCCAGCACUAUGAAUAAUAAUAAUAUUUCUUCAUCUACUACUAUUAAUAAUAGUAAUGCAAGUAAUAAUCAUAGCCAAGGGCCAACUAAUAAUACUAAUGUACAUCAGAAAUACGAAGAAUUAAUGAAGUUAAUCAUUUCUGAUAUAGUUUAUAAUAGAAUUCCAUUGAAAGAACAAGAGAGGAGAGAAAAUUAUAGAAUUAAUUUCAAUACCAACCAUACCGGGUCUCAUAAUAAUCCCAUAUCCACUAAUAACAGUCACAAUUUUUAUCAUAACAGCUCAAUAAACAGUAAGCUGAAUAAUAACAUCCAUAGUUCUGUCCCUACUAGUACUACUAGCAAUACUAUUACCAACAAUGAUGAUAUGCCAAACUUGGAGUUUUUUGCAUUAUCUUCUCAAAAUUAUCAUCUACUACCACUGAUUAAACAACAACAAAAACAAAUUAAAAAGGCACACUCUAGUACAUCCGGUAAUAAUUCUUGUAGUUCCAAUGGUCCCACCAGCAUUAUGAAUUUAAACAAUCACGACGGAAUUCCGAUUUUCCUAAGAGAAAAGUUGAUAUUACAUGUUAAUAGAUCUAGAACUUGCCUAGAUAUAUGCACCAAGCAAGGCGGAUUGUUGGAUCUUUAUGGCAAUUUAAUUAAAUUAGGUCAAUCAUCAAUAUGUUCUUCGAUUUCUUUUGUGUUGGAAAGGUUUUUUUCAGAUUUACAAAUAUCUUCCAUUGACUACUUAUAUGAUAAAGUUAGCAACGACGAAAAUUUAUCCACCAUUGCAUCCAAAAUAUUCGGUCCUGCAACAAAUCAUAAUUUUUUUCAAUUACCUUCAGAUUAUCAAGUUAAGUUGUUUCAAUUGAUUUUCGGUGCUAUUAUUAAAGAUUUUGGAUUCGAUCCUUGUAUAUAUCCAUUGAGCGAAGUUUUCAAUGAUUAUAUUUUAAGACACUAUCCAUUAGUUUCACAUCGUACUUCUGCUACUUUUACCAGUAAUACCAGUAAUAACAAAACUGCUGUUACGAACAGCAUGAAAGCAUCCACCAUUUUGCAUUCUGUUUCUAUUAAGCCAUCGAUUGCCAAUCAGGAUGUUAAUAAAAAAGUCUUGUUGAAAUUCAAAAAUAAACAACAAGAGUUUACUUUCCAUCUGUUGAGCAAUGGUCCACCGACUAUCAAUGAAAUUUUGGAAAAUUCUACUCAAUUAUUCAAUAUUGUCUCUUUAAGUAAAAAUCUAUGUCUAUACCAUGAAACACCUGCUACCAACACCUCUGACAUAAAAUCAGAGAUUAUUAAAGAUGAUAUGGAGUUGGCUUCUAUAUUCAACCAAUUUACUUCUUCAAAAAUUAUUUUGGAAAUUAAAGAAUUGCACCCUCCGGCAAAAACCACCCUUAACCUCAGCACUAAUGCUGGUGGUACAGGUAAUGUUGACGGCUUGGCUAUUUUAAGCAGGGCAGCCUCGUCUCACCAAUUGGCCUCUGUGACCAAUACCAAUAACAAUGAUUUAUAUCCUAUCCCUUCUCCUAAUAUCCCGCCAACGGCUUCUACAAACAAUAAUACGAAAUUAAAUCCCCCAUCAAGAACGGUUUCUCCCAUUUCAGUGCUUGAUGAUAUUAUAUAUAGAAUGAAUACUCCAAUAUCGGUAACAACAAGUAAUUCAUCUUCACAUAGCAUUUCUUCCAGUUGUGCCAACGGCAAUCAUGAUACUGAUAGUGGCAAUAACAGUGGUUCUGACACUUUACAUGGUGACAUUAAUCAUGUUGUAAAAGGCACUAAUGCUAAGAUCACUUUACCGCCUGGUAUUAAGAGAAAUACCAGCUUAUUUGCCAACAAUAAUUUACCUAAACCUUCAUAUCAACCGCUACUAUAA